GGUCGUUACCGUUUCCAGAUCCCGGCUCAGCGUCUCUUCAACCCCAACACCAACCUCUACUUCGCGGACUUCUACUGCAUGUACACCGCCUACCACUACGUCGUCCUGGUCCUGGCACCCAAGGGUUCCUCGGGGGACCUCUUCUGCCGGGAGCGUCUACCCCAGCUGGACAUUUCCUCCAACAAGUUCCUGACGUGCUGCGUGGAGGAGGGCGAGCUGGUGUACCGCCAUGCCCAGGAAAGCAUCCUGGAGGUCAUAUACACCGAGCCGGUGGACCUCAGCCUCGGCGUGCUGGGAGAGAUCAGCGGGCACCAGCUGAUGAGCCUCUCCACCGCCAACGCCAAAAAGGACCCCAGCUGCAAGACGUGCAACAUCAGCGUGGGGCGUUAA